AUGGCCAUGCUUCCCCUCACCAACCCCACUUCAAUUCGUCACAACGCAUUCUCUUCUACCUCUUCCCCUUCCACUUUCGCUCUCAGAAACUGCGUUUCCCUGAACCCUAGAGCCAGAACGUGCGUCUCCACACCCGCGCGACGCCGUUUCGCGUCCGUGACCUGCUGCUCGUUCUCGACACUCGACAGCGCCAAGAUUAAGGUUGUCGGUGUUGGCGGCGGCGGGAACAAUGCCGUUAAUAGAAUGAUUGGUUGCGGAUUGCACGGUGUAGAAUUUUAUGCUAUAAAUACCGAUGCUCAAGCACUGUUGCAUUCUGCUGCGGAGAACCCUAUCAAAAUUGGAGAGCUUCUGACUCGGGGAUUAGGUACUGGCGGGAAUCCACUCUUGGGGGAACAAGCUGCUGAGGAAUCUAAAGAUGCUAUUGCUAGUGCUCUUCAAGGAUCUGAUUUAGUGUUCGUAACUGCUGGCAUGGGUGGGGGAACUGGGUCUGGUGCUGCCCCGGUAGUGGCCAGAAUAGCAAAAGAGGCAGGUUACUUGACUGUAGGUGUUGUUACCUAUCCCUUCAGUUUUGAAGGUCGCAAAAGAUCAUUGCAGGCACUGGAAGCCAUUGAAAAGCUGCAGAAAAAUGUGGAUACUCUUAUAGUGAUUCCAAAUGACCGCCUGCUUGAUAUGGCUGAUGAGCAGACACCACUUCAAGAUGCUUUCCGUUUAGCAGAUGAUGUUCUACGGCAAGGAGUACAGGGAAUAUCAGACAUCAUAACAAUACCUGGACUUGUAAAUGUGGAUUUUGCUGAUGUAAAAGCUGUGAUGAAAGACUCUGGAACUGCGAUGCUUGGUGUGGGUGUUUCCUCCAGUAAAAACCGUGCCGAAGAAGCUGCAGAGCAGGCUACUUUGGCUCCGUUAAUCGGCUCUUCUAUUCAGUCAGCUACUGGAGUAGUGUAUAAUAUUACUGGAGGAAAAGACAUAACUCUGCAGGAAGUAAACAGAGUGUCUCAGGUGGUGACAAGUUUAGCUGACCCUUCUGCCAAUAUCAUAUUUGGUGCCGUUGUUGACGAUCGCUACAAUGGGGAGAUUCAUGUGACUAUCAUUGCAACUGGCUUCUCACAGUCCUUCCAAAAGACCCUAUUAACAGAUCCAAGGGGAGCAAAGUUGCUUGACAGAGUGCCUGAGGGCCAAGAAAGCAAGGGGGCUUCCUCUCCUCUCAAGUCCUCAAACUAUCCAACAGUUGGAUCUAGAGCAUCCCCACGAAAGCUCUUCUUUUAG